AACUAGGCCUGUGUAUGGCCUUCAAUUGAAGCUGCUUCUGCUCCGCCACUCUGCCAUUGGACUCUUGAUAGUCGUCUCCCCACGCUGCUGCUGGGGGGACUUUUUAACAUAGGCCUCUGCCCCUGUACCGACUCCUCAUGCUGCUGCCAGGCCCGUAAUCUGUCAUGGGCCCCUGUACCGCCUCCUCAUGCUGCUGCCAGGUCCAGAGUGUCUCAUGGGUCCCUGUACGGCCUCCCAUUGCUGCUGUCUCCAUCGCCACACUCUGCCAUGUGCCACUUUCAGGUCUCCUCACACUGCUGGUGGGUUCCAUUUUGUCAUAGGGUGCUGUAUGGCCUCCCAUUGCUGCUGCCUCCACCGCCACACUGUGGCUCCACACUCUGGUUUUGGCCCCGUGACUGCCCAAAUGAGUGAAGUGUGCGGUGAUUCUAAGAUCGACGGCACUCAUCUGCAUGUCAUACUG